AUGACUGAAGCAAAAGUUGGUUUUCUCUGCAAAGCUGCCUCGACACUGCAACACUCUGAAAAUCGUAGCCUUACGUUGCUACGAAGCUAUUACUUGAUGCGAUGUAAGGAGACGACUAGAGGAUUUGGGCUCCCCGAAAAGCAGUUUUCAUCAAAAGUACGGUGUGCAAAUUGCUGUAUUGAAUGGAAGAAAGGGACUAAUGUUACAGUUAAACCAAUAAAACUGACCAAAAAGCAAAGGAGGAGAAUAAGAUCUAGGAAAGUUAGUAAAAUAAACAAGGAUUGUGUAAAAAGCAAGCUGGAACUUUUGAAUAGCAAUGAAAUGGAACAAAUCUGCAUUCUCUGCAAACACAGCACAGUUACCCCAAUACCAAAAGCGGAAAAGUUUAUAGAAACUUCUACAAAGGAUAACACAAUUAGUGAAAAGAAGAAUGUAAAGGAAAUUAAUAAAAAUAUGAAUAAAAGCCCUGCUAAUGUGAAGAAACUUCAAGCAGUAAAGAAAAAAGAUAAUGUAAUCAAGAAACCAGAAGUCAAUGUUUACAGUGCCACAGAAGAAAUAUUUUUAUUAAAUAAUAAAAAGAACAUAAUUACUAAAGCACAAAAAGAUGCACCAAAAGUAAUUAAAAAUAAUAAAAAGAAAAAAGAUAAAUUUGCAGGUCUUUGUCAAAAAGCUGUUUUGUCUAUGGCUAAAUUGAAAGAAAUGAAGGAUAAACAAAAUAAAUUGAAUUUAUUUCUCAAACCAUCACCUUGAAAAAUAUUUUUUUAUACUCAUAAAGUAAUUGUUAUAAGUGUUUGUAAACACCGUAUAUUAGUUUUUGUGCUUUUUAAAAGGAAUAAACACAGCAGUGUUGUUACAAAGUU